CAGGAGAAAAGUCAGCGGACGUCCUGCUUCGAGCCAACAUGUCCAGUUUUGAGGACGCCGACACCGAAGAGACGGUGACCUGCCUCCACGUGACAGCUUACCACCCUAACCAACAGCAGAAUAAAGUGUUUCAAUCCCUGAGGUUCUUCAAUCGGGAUCGACUUCGGGCCAGUGAAGUGGUGAAGUUCGGGCGAAACCCCAACACCUGCUGCUACACGCUGAUGGACAAGCAGGUGUCCCGCAUUCAGUUUGCACUGCAGCUGUUCAAAGCUUUCAACAGCUCGACGCUGUCGUUCGAAAUAAAAAAUAUGAGCCAGAAGGUUAGCCUGAUCGUGGACAAUGUGGAGCUGGGCUACCUGAAUAAAAUGGACCUGCCGCACAAGUGCAUCGUGCGCUUCGGAGACUACCAGUUUCUGAUCGAGAGGGAGGACGGAGAGUCGCAGGAGUUUUUCGAGAUUCGCUUUCUGUUGGCUCAGGAGUCGCUCCUGCAGGAAAAGUGCUUGCCGCUGCAAAAACCCGUACCCGAGUACGGCGUCUCGGCCAUUUUUCACUCCAGAACCGAAUAUCCUAUCGAGAUCGAUGAACAUGAAUCCUGAGAAGGUGGUACAAUUUUCGCCUUUGUAAUCGAUGGCAGAAUUCGUAACUGACAGCAGCAUCAACAGACAGCGAAUACAGUUAUUCAAGUUUUAAGUGAACCUCAGUACCGUCACUCCUGCCGUUAGGGUUCAACUCUCUAAUUUCACCCCUAUUUAACUUUGAAUCAUUUCAUUCCGCUGUUGGUCAUAGAGGUCACCCGCAGGAGCGUGAAAUUUCUGUUCCUGGCAGACACUUUCACGUCUCAGAAAGGAUAACUAGCUUUUUGAAAUACCAAGGAAAAAUAGCUGGUGUGAGAACCAUCCCUGGGUUUGAUGCUUGUUUGAAGUGGUAGAGCUAAUUUUAUUGAGUAGCCAAGGUGUUUUUAUAUACUUUUAUCAUAUAACUACUAGGUCAUUUCUAAGAUAGUAGCAUCAUUAUGAAGCUUACUCGUUAACAGCUUACUCCUAACUCUUAAUUCUUUAUUAGUAAUGGUUGUUCAUCUUUAUUAUUGAGUCCCAACACUGUACUAAGGGACGUUCAGAAAAGAGGUAGACACUUCAUUAGGAAGCCAACUAAUGAUUUCCUACAAAGAAAACUCCCAGGCUUAUUUAAUUCUGGGUAAGGUAAAAAUACUAAACGGAGUAGCUGUGUUACAAGGUGGGAAUGGGAUUUAAACCCACUGUUUAACCAUCUUUUGAGAAACGCUUUCGGCCUCCUGCUUGUUGCAUUUGUUAGGGUGGGGAGAAAUAAUUUAGGUCUGAAUGCCAAGGCUGGGAAUUGCCGUUCGCUAGCUGAAUGGAGGGAGGGGGCACCUGCUUGCCCCUGUUGGUCUCUAGACUAAUGAUCGGUGUAACGUACAAUGCGAUACAUGAUGUGAAAUGUACGACGAUUGUUAAAAUAAAGGCCUUUUACAACAAG